GCUCGUUGAAGGGCAGUUAUUAACCUCUCAACUUAUGCAAAAACACAAUCCCUAAACUGGCUAGUGGGAGUCCGUAGCCUUACUUUCGGACGUUGAAUCAACCAAGCUUAAGCCUCAUCUGCAUGUUUCAGGGGCUGAUAAGCAAGCCGAAAAUACACACGAAGCACUACGACAGCGCCUUCACUCGCUGCCCGUGGUAUGGUACGAUACAACCCCUAGAAAAGGGAGUGACCUUUCACCCCCUUUCCCGCAUUUCCCGCCUCGAAGAGCCAUCAACCCCAGCAAUCCUAGCAUUUUCGAUGCGAUAAGGUCUCAAAUUUUGCCUCGUCAUGUAUCCUCGUAAUAGGCCCAGCCUUUUGGCAGAUUCGCGCCAAGACAGCCCGGCCAAGCCCUAGGUUCAAUGAUCGGCGCCGAUCACUCUUCCCAUAAAUAUUCCACAUUCUGUCAUCACGCGUCGCCCGCGUUCCACUUGAAGGCCCCCCUGGGAUGAAUAUAUGCGGGGCUUGGUCCUACGCUGUGAAUAGUCCUGUUCAGAAUUUCUCCUCUUCCCAUGCAGCGAUGGCCGCCAACUCCCUGAUCACCUACACUUGACACACCCAGAAUUCUUGACGGUCCCGACUAACAGCCAUGCCUGGCCAUAUCCAAUUCGCAGAGCCGAUUCAAAAGAAAAAUGAAGAUCGACCAUCUCGGAUAGACACGAAGGAUAGCUGUACGAGUGACGAAAAGGGGUCGACCCAGAGGACACUGUCUCCAGGCAGUGAAAUUGUUUACUUGACAGGAUGGAGGCUCAUCCUUACUACCAUUGGGCUUCUGAUUGGCUUCUUCUUAUCCAAUCUGGACGUGACAAUUGUGAGCUCGUCGCUCACCAACAUUACCGAUAGCUUGGACGGUUUCGAGAAGAGGAGCUGGAUUAUUACCGGAUAUCUAGCGACUUACACGGGUUUCAUGGCAAUAUGGACCAAAGCCAGCGACAUCAUUGGGCGGAAACAGACAACGAUUGCUGCUCUUGUCAUUCUGCUCGCAUUCUCAAUUGGGUGUGGUUGCGCCCAGACUGUGAAUCAACUGAUAUUAUUUCGAGCUCUCCAAGGAAUCGGAGGCGCUGGUGCAUAUGCGCUUGCAAUCCUAUGCAUCUACGAGAUAGCUCCGAAAUCAAAACUUCCGACCUACAGUGGCCUCAUGUCAUGUUGUCUGGCUCUGGCUUGCCUCAUAGGGCCGAUCAUCGGAGGUGCCCUUGCGGGUGACUCGGCCUGGAGAUGGGUAUUUCUCAUCAAUGCCCCCCUGUGUACUAUUGCAAUCGCCAUCAUCAUGAUUGCGAUGCCCAAAAACUUCGGUCUCGAUCAACAUAUGCCUUCAUUCAGAACAAGAGCGUCGUACCGUUCCUUUGCCAAUCUUGACCUCGUGGGAUCCAUACUUAUAAUUAUCGGCUCGUUCUUGAUCGUCACUGUGCUGAACGAAACCAAUCUCGCCUUUUCAUGGUCUUCGGGAGGUGCGAUCGCGCUUCUUGUCUUGACGGGUGUUUCCUGGAUCGCUUUCUUUGCCUGGGAGUGGUACAUAUCGGGAAUUCCUGGGAAAGAUCCGAUCUUCCCCAAGCGUUGGUUCUUUGAUCGGCCAUGGAUGGGUAUUCUCAUUACCUCAUUCGUGACCGGAGCUCCAUUCAACGUUGUCUUGGUGUAUGUCCCACAGCAAGCUCAAAUCCUGCUCGACAAGUCACCUCUUGACUCGGGAAUUUAUCUUAUUGGCUAUACGGCCGUUGCAGCGGCGGCGGCAGCUCUUGUCAAUAUUGUCAGCUCCAAGGGUCGCAUUCCCUUCGUUUAUUCUCUGCUUGUCGGCUGCGUGAUCCACACUGUCGGUAUUGGACUCCUGUCCACCAUUGCCACUUCAAAGGGAUUCCGUGCCACGGACAUUAUCUAUGGAGUCAUAGCUGGAAUUGGUAUGGGUUUGAUUCUGGGCGUUCUGAUGCUAGCAACGCCAUACUUAGUCGAGGACAGAGAUCUGGCAAUUGCCACUGGCACUGUGGUACAAUUCCGGUUUCUGGGUGGCGCGAUCGGUCUCGCCAUUGCCUCGAAUAUCCUCAAUGGCCACCUAACCCAUCAUCUGCAGGGUGUUCUCUCAUCGCACGAACUACAUUUAUUCCUUGAGAACGUGAAAUAUAUCUCAACCUUUUCGCCAGACUUACAGGAGAAAGUGAAGGGUUUCUUUGCCGUUAGUUACAACACGCAGUUGAGAGUCAUGAUUGGAUUUGCGGCUGCGCAGCUUCCUGCCGUUCUCCUACUUAUCAAACGGGGCCGGCGACAGCUUGCGGCCGACAGGAUAGCGGCAUGAUAAUAGUGAUUGUUGGGCUUGUUGUUAAAUUCAUGUUCAUUCAGCGAAGGAGUACUUUGAUCAAUUUGAGAAUCCACUGUGGUUCCCGAUCUCCAGAAAUGUCUCAUACUGUUUGACCAGUCCCUCCGGGCCAUCAUCCAGCGGUGCGGGGUAGGUAGUCUU